AUGCCACCCCGCCGUCGUGCAGCUGCCAAGGCGCAGUCAGCUAUUUCCUUCGGUACUCAGUCCCGGGUCACCAAGCCAGCAACCACUCCAGUCACUCAAAAUAAAGGAAAGAACCUCGAUGCGACUACGCUCCUGAAGACCGAGAAAGCUGCAUCCGUUACUCCCGAACCUCAACAUGAUGUUGCCACCGAGCCAUCGAAACCCCGCAUUACCGAGUUAGCUGUGCGCCAGCCUGCGCAACCCAAGCACAUUCAAACAGAAGAAGAGAAACGGGCAUUGAAGCUGUCCUUGAAAGAUAUACAGAAACACUGGAGAGAGCAAAGUGGUCGUAACUCAAUUCGAGUUCACCAUGAGGACGUGAAGCUAGAAGAGAAGGUCCUUCGAAAUUUCGAUCUGUCUAGUCAAUAUGGGCCGUGUAUCGGUAUGGAUCGGACUCAGCGGUGGCGCCGUGCUCAAAGAUUAGGCUUGAGCCCGCCGAUCGAGGUUUUGGCGAUUCUCUUGAAAGGCGAUCUAAAUGAGCAGUCCCACAUGGAGGAGCUAGUCUCUUGA